ACCAGACAUCACUGAGGAUGAAACUGCCAAAGAUUUGAGCUUUUUUUUCCUUUCAUAUUUCUGGUUUUAUAUUCUUCCUUCCUCCAUUCUUGGAUCGGAUUUCGGAAUGAUUUUCAGUUGACCCAUUUUAUAAAGAUUGAAUCUUUUUGGUCUCUUGAAGGCAGCUCAACAUGUCAGAAUCUCAGAGGAGGCCAACAAUGAUUGGUUUCAUGACCAAUAAUGGGCAUGCCAAUGGAGCAUUGCCAUUGAGGUCUCCAGUCCUUAAAGAUGAGGUAGAUGAGUUCUGUCGUGCACUCGGAGGGAAGCGACCCAUCCAUAGUAUAUUAGUUGCAAACAAUGGGAUGGCGGCCGUCAAAUUUAUUCGUAGUGUUAGGACAUGGGCUUAUGAAACAUUUGGUUCAGAGAAGGCUGUUUUGCUAGUGGCCAUGGCUACACCAGAGGAUAUGAGAAUAAAUGCGGAGCAUAUUCGGAUAGCCGAUCAAUUUGUAGAGGUUCCUGGGGGAACAAACAAUAAUAAUUAUGCUAAUGUUCAGCUCAUUGUUGAGAUGGCAGAGAUAACACAUGUUGAUGCAGUUUGGCCUGGGUGGGGCCAUGCAUCCGAAAACCCCGAAUUACCAGAUGCCUUAGAGGCUAAGGGAAUUGUUUUUCUCGGUCCACCUGGCAUAUCAAUGGCUGCACUUGGAGAUAAAAUUGGUUCUUCAUUGAUUGCUCAAGCAGCGGACGUACCCACCCUUCCAUGGAGUGGUUCCCAUGUCAAAAUUUCACCAGAAAGCUGUUUGGUCACCAUACCUGAUGAAAUAUAUUCAAAGUCGUGUGUUUAUACUACUGAAGAAGCAGUUGCAAGUUGUCAAGUUGUUGGUUAUCCCGCGAUGAUCAAGGCAUCUUGGGGUGGUGGUGGUAAAGGCAUUAGAAAGGUUCAUAAUGAUGAUGAAGUUAGAGCCAUGUUCAAGCAAGUCCAGGGUGAAGUUCCUGGUUCCCCAAUAUUCAUAAUGAAGGUUGCUUCCCAGAGUCGACAUCUAGAAGUUCAGUUGCUUUGUGAUCAGUAUGGUAAUGUUGCUGCUCUGCAUAGCCGUGAUUGUAGUGUCCAACGGCGACACCAAAAGAUUAUUGAGGAGGGACCGAUAACUGUUGCACCUUUAGAGACAGUGAAAAAACUUGAGCAAGCCGCUAGGCGAUUGGCAAAAAGUGUGAAUUAUGUUGGAGCUGCAACAGUUGAAUAUCUGUAUAGCAUGGAGACUGGGGAAUAUUAUUUCUUGGAGCUCAACCCACGGUUACAAGUGGAACAUCCUGUAACGGAAUGGAUUGCUGAAGUCAAUCUUCCUGCUGCCCAAGUUUGUGUGGGAAUGGGCAUUCCUCUGUGGCAGAUUCCAGAAAUAAGACGAUUCUAUGGAAAGGAGAAUGGUGGUGGAUACGAUGCAUGGAGGAGAACAUCAUCUGUUGCCACUCCCUUUGAUUUCGACAAGGCAGAGUCUGUUAGGCCAAAAGGUCAUUGUAUUGCUGUCCGUGUAACAAGUGAGGAUCCUGAUGACGGCUUUAAGCCCACCGGUGGCAAAGUGCAGGAACUGAGCUUUAAAAGCAAACCCAAUGUAUGGGCAUACUUUUCUGUUAAGUCUGGUGGGGGCAUUCAUGAAUUCUCAGAUUCUCAGUUUGGACAUGUUUUUGCAUUUGGGGAGUCAAGAGCCUUGGCCAUUGCCAACAUGGUCCUUGGUCUCAAGGAAAUUCAGAUAAGAGGAGAGAUCCACACAAACGUGGAUUACACUAUUGAUCUCCUUCAUGCUGCUGAUUAUAGAGAUAACAAAAUACACACUGGCUGGUUGGACAGUAGAAUUGCAAUGAGGGUUAGAGCUGAGAGACCUCCUUGGUAUCUUUCUGUGGUUGGCGGAGCUUUAUACAAAGCUUCUGCAAGCAGCGCUGCUACUGUAUCAGAAUAUGUGGGUUAUCUUGAGAAAGGACAAAUUCCCCCUAAGCAUAUCUCCCUCGUGAAUUCUCAAGUUUCACUAAACAUUGAAGGGAUUAAGUAUACGAUUAACAUGGUGAGGGGAGGACCUGGAAGCUAUAGGUUAAGAUUGAAUGAUUCCGAGAUUGAAGCAGAGAUACACACUCUACGUGACGGAGGCUUAUUGAUGCAGUUGAAUGGAAACAGCCACAUUAUUUACGCGGAGGAGGAGGCAGCUGGGACCCGUCUUCUCAUUGAUGGUCGGACUUGCUUGCUCCAGAAUGAUCAUGAUCCAUCCAAGCUCAUAGCAGAGACGCCAUGCAAGCUUCUCAGAUAUUUAGCUGAAGAUGGAAGUCAUAUUGAUGCCGAUACACCUUAUGCAGAGGUUGAGGUUAUGAAGAUGUGCAUGCCUCUGCUUUCCCCUGCUUCUGGUGUGAUCCAUUUCAGGAUGUCAGAAGGCCAUGCAAUGCAGGCUUCUGAGCUUAUAGCGACACUCGAUCUAGACGAUCCUUCUGCUGUAAGAAAAGCAGAGCCAUUCCAAGGGAGCUUCCCGGUUCUGGGACCCCCAACUGCAAUAUCUGGGAAAGUUCAUCAGAGGUGUGCAGCAAGUAUGAAUGCAGCUAGGAUGAUUUUAGCUGGAUAUGAGCAUGCCGUGGAUGAAGUAGUGCAAAGCUUGCUAAGUUGUUUGGACAGUCCGGAACUUCCCUUCUUACAGUGGCAAGAGUGUUUGGCUGUUCUGGCAACACGACUUCCCAAGGAGCUCAGGUCCAAGCUCGAAGCAAAGUACAAGGAAUACGAAGGAAUUUCUAAUUUUAAAAAUGUUGACUUCCCAGCCAAAAUAUUACGGGGCAUUCUUGAGGAACACCUUUGUUCUUGUGCGGAAAAAGAAAAAGGAGCUCAAGAAAGGCUCAUCGAACCACUAAUGAGUCUUGCAAAAUCUUAUGAAGGAGGGAGAGAGAGUCAUGCCCGUGUUAUUGUUCAGUCCCUUUUCCAAGAAUACCUUUCUGUUGAAGAAUUGUUUAGCGACAACAUCCAGGCUGAUGUUAUUGAACACCUACGGCUUGAAUAUAAGAAGGAUCUUCUCAAGGUUGUGGACAUUGUACUUUCCCAUCAGGGUGUGAAGCGUAAAAAUAAGCUGAUACUAAGUCUCAUGGAGCAACUUGUGUAUCCAAGCCCAGCAGCAUACCGUGACCAGCUGAUUCGUUUCUCUUCACUCAAUCAUAUCAUGUAUUCUGAGUUGGCACUUAAAGCGAGUCAGCUUCUAGAACAAACAAAACUGAGCGAACUGCGUUCCAGCAUUGCAAGAAGUCUUUCCGAGUUGGAAAUGUUCACCGAAGAAGGCGAAACUAUGGACACUCCUAAGAGGAAAAGUGCCAUAAACGAAAGGAUGGAAGCUUUAGUCAGUGCCCCUUUGGCAGUUGAAGAUGCACUCGUAGGCCUAUUUGAUCACAGUGAUCACACCCUUCAGAGAAGGGUUGUGGAGACUUACAUCCGCAGACUCUAUCAGCCGUACCUUGUGAAAGGGAGUGUUAGGAUGCAGUGGGACAGAUCUGGUGGACUGAUAGCUUCUUGGGAGUUCUUGGAAGAGCAUGUGGAGAGGAAAAGUGGAUCUGAAGGUAGUAAAAUGUCAAAUAGACCUUUGGUGGAGAAGCAUAGCGAGAGAAAAUGGGGAGUCAUGGUUAUUAUCAAAUCUCUCCAGAUCUUGCCGAAAGUUUUAACUGCUGCUCUGAAGGAAACAAUGAACACCAUGCAAACUACAUCAUCAAAUGAAUCGGCUGGUCAUCAUGGCAAUAUGAUACACAUUGCAUUGGCGGGCGUCAACAACCAAAUGAGUACACUUCAGGACAGUGGGGAUGAGGAUCAGGCUCAAGAAAGAGUUGACAAGUUAGCAAAGAUAUUGAAGGAGAGAGAUAUAAGCUCCAGCCUCAGGAAUGCUGGGGUAGGGGUAAUCAGCUGUAUCAUACAAAGAGACGAGGGGCGGGGCCCCAUGAGGCAUUCCUUCCAUUGGUCCGAAGAGAAACAGUACUUCCAGGAGGAGCCUCUCUUGCGUCACCUUGAGCCUCCGCUCUCUAUUUACCUUGAACUGGAUAAGCUCAAGGGAUAUGACAAUAUUAAGUAUGCACAGUCUAGGGACCGUCAGUGGCACCUGUACACUGUUCUAGAAAAGCCCAAACCAAUCCAGAGGAUGUUUCUCAGGACACUCGUCAGGCAACCCAUAUCAGAUGACUGUUUAACGGUGUUUCAAGGGCUAAGCCGUGAAAAGAAUCAGCCCCCACUGUCAUUGUCAUUCACCUCAAAGAGCAUUUUGAGGUCUAUGACGUCUGCCCUUGAAGAGCUCGAGCUUAAUGUCCAUAAUUCCACUGCUAAAUCUGACCAUGCAAAUAUGUACCUCUAUAUCUUACGCGAGCAACAAAUCGAAGAUCUUUUGCCAUAUAACAAGCGAGCUGAUGGGUAUGGUGGUAAUGAAGAAGCUGUUGUAGGACAGAUUUUAGAUGAAAUGGCAAAUGAAAUCAAUGGGUCGGUUGGGGUGAGAAUGCACCGUUUGGGUGUUUUUGAGUGGGAAGUGAAACUUUGGAUAUCAUCUGCUGGAGAAGCCAAUGGUGUUUGGAGGGUUGUGGUUGUCAAUGUGACUGGUCACACCUGCAUUGUCAAUAUAUAUCGUGAGGUUGAAGAUACAAACAAACACAGAGUAGUGUAUCAUGCGACGAGGGGUGUUGGUCCUCUGCAUGGCGUCCCUGUUACUGCAUAUUAUCCGCCUCUUGGAAUUCUUGAUCAGAAACGUCUCCUUGCCCGUAAAAGCAGCACAACUUACUGCUAUGAUUUUCCCCUGGCUUUUGAAGUGGCACUGGAGAAGUCUUGGGCUGCAGCUGCUGCUCAAGGAGGAAUAGACAAGACCAAAGAAAAGCCCUUAGUUAAAGUCACAGAGCUGGCUUUUGCAGACAAGAAUGGUUCUUGGGGUACCCCUCUUGUUCCCGUGGAGCGCACCCCGGGCCUCAAUGAUGUCGGCAUGGUGGCCUGGAUUCUUGAAAUGUCGACCCCGGAGUUCCCUUCCGGAAGGAAAAUCGUCAUUGUUGCAAAUGAUGUCACCUUCAAAAACGGAUCUUUUGGUCCCAGAGAAGACGCGUUUUUCCAAGCCGCGACUGAUCUGGCCUGCGACCGGAAACUGCCCCUCAUUUAUCUGGCAGCCAAUUCUGGCGCAAGAAUUGGUGCAGCAGAGGAAGUGAAAUCUUGCUUUAGAGUCGGAUGGUCUGACGAAUCUACCCCUGAGCGCGGUGGCGUCCAAUACCUGUAUUUAACCCCCGAGGACCACGCUCGCAUUGGCUCAUCUGUCAUUUCACAUGAACUGAAGACAUCAGAUGGAGAGAUCAGAUAUGUGAUAGAUACAAUCAUUGGGAAAGAGGACGGAUUGGGGGUUGAGAAUCUGAGUGGGAGUGGGGCCAUUGCCAGUGCUUAUUCCAGGGCGUACCAUGAAACCUUUACGCUGACUUAUGUCACCGGAAGAACGGUCGGAAUCGGAGCCUACCUUGCCCGGCUUGGCAUGCGGUGUAUACAGAGGCUUGACCAACCCAUCAUUCUCACCGGUUUCUCUGCUCUGAACAAACUCCUCGGCCGGGAAGUUUACAGUUCCCACAUGCAGCUCGGGGGACCAAAGAUCAUGGCGACCAAUGGAGUCGUUCAUCUGACGGUGUCCGAUGAUCUGGAAGGCGUGUCGGCGAUCGUGAAGUGGUUGAGCUUUGUUCCGGCUUAUUCCGGCGGACCACUACCUGUUUCCGUCACCGUUGAUCCGCCGGAGAGGUCCGUUCGGUAUUUCCCGGAGACGACGUGCGACCCGCGAGCCGCAAUUUGUGGGGUCAACGAUGCGGCAAGCGGGAGAUGGCUGGGAGGGAUGUUUGACAAAGAUAGCUUCGUCGAGACGCUGGAGGGGUGGGCGAGAACCGUCGUUACAGGACGGGCGAAGCUGGGAGGGAUUCCGGUGGGUAUAGUCGCUGUCGAGACGCAGACGAUGAUGCAGGUGAUUCCGGCUGACCCGGGUCAGCCGGAUUCUCACGAACGCGUCGUCCCUCAGGCGGGUCAAGUCUGGUUCCCCGACUCGGCGACCAAAACCGCCCAAGCACUGAUGGAUUUCAACCGAGAAGAGCUGCCGCUUUUCAUCCUCGCCAACUGGAGGGGCUUUUCCGGCGGACAGAGAGAUCUCUUCGAGGGGAUCCUUCAAGCCGGGUCCACCAUCGUCGAGAAUCUGAGGACAUACAAGCAGCCAGUUUUUGUGUAUAUUCCGAUGAUGGGGGAGCUCCGAGGCGGCGCGUGGGUGGUCGUGGACAGUAAAAUCAACUCCGAUCGAAUCGAAAUGUACGCGGAAACCACCGCCAAGGGAAACGUUCUAGAGCCGCAGGGAAUGAUCGAGAUCAAGUUCAGAACCAGAGAUCUCCUGGAGUGCAUGGGCAGACUGGACCAGAAACUCAUAGAUCUGAGAAGAAAGCACGUGGAAGCGACGGACGGCAACGAUUCCGCCGCGGCGCAGGGGCUGCACCAGAAGAUCAGAUCCCGGGAGAAGCAGCUCCUGCCGAUCUACAUCCAGAUCGCCACGAAAUUCGCGGAGCUGCACGACACGUCGCUGAGAAUGGCGGCGAAGGGGGUGAUCAGGGAGGUAGUGGAUUGGAAGAGCUCCCGUUUCUUCUUCUACAAGAGACUGCUCAGAAGAAUCGAGGAAGAGUCGUUGGUCAAGGCCGUGAAGGACGCGGCCGGGGACCAGCUUUCCGACCAGUCCGCCAUGGAAAUGGUGAAGAAGUGGUUCUCGGAAUCAUCUUCCACCGCCGCGGCGCCGGUGUGGGAGGACGACGAAGCCUUCUAUGUCUGGAAGCGGGACGCCGGAAACUACGAAGAGAAGUUGCAGGAACUCCGGGCCCAGAAAGUCAUGGCCCACUUGUCCAAAAUCGGCGAUUCUGCGUUAGAUGCACGCGCUUUACCUCAGGGUCUCGCUGCACUUCUACAGAAGAUGGAGCCAUCAUCCAGAGAGGAAUUGGUCAUUGAACUACAAAAGGUCCUGAAAUGAGCUUUUGAAUAUUACAAUCAAUAUAUACAUAAAACUAUAUAUAUAUAUAUAGCUUUUGAAGCUUUUGAGCUUUGGAAGGUGUUGAAAGACUCUAUAAUGAGUUCAAGGGAUCAUUUUCAUAUUUACUUGGGUGUAUGUAUAGAAGCUUUGUUUGAGAUGAAAGCUUUGGGGACCUUUUCAUUAUGCAUUGUCCCCAAACUCUUCAUAUGAAAAAAAAACAUCAUUGGAUAAUAUCUCUUUUUAUGGAAUAAUUUUUUGAGAAGUUAUUUCUUCUAAUUAGUUGAACACGCUCAAGUUUAUGUAGUUGUCAUUGAUCUUGUUAGAGUACAAGAUAAUUCCAUA